AGCGUCUCCUCUCUCUCUCUCUCUCUCUCUCUGCGACUGUGCGUAUGGGACGAGGCGUGCGAUGCACUCCAUUGUUAUCCCCGUGUAUACUUACACAGCCGCUUGCCCUCGCACAAGUGUAGCAGCGGCAACAUGAGUCUGAUAUGAUCGCCGAGUGAGAAAAACAAGUGCAAAGUGCCGGGUUUUUUUCGUAUUUCUUGGCCAAUAAUGAGAAUGGCACAUUGAACGGUCGCGGGGGAGAGAGAGCGAGUUGGGCGAGAUGGCGUGUUCGGGUGGGAAGAACAGGCUUCAGACGCCGAGUAUGCUAGAACAGCUCCUCGAGGAGAUCAACUUCCAGAGGACGAAGGAGAUGAGACAGCUGCUCACCACCAAAGAUGGCAACCUCGUGGACUCGGGCUUCGUGAUGCUGCAGGGCACGACCUACUGGACGGACCUGUUUGUCCGGCACUUUUUGUUCCAAGCCGAGCACACGAUAGACGGGGACGAUCUUCUCUUCUUCGUGCGGAAAAAGCACGUUAAGACGUCGUCGAGGUACCUGCCCAAGUUCGAGACCGAAGUCGACGUGUUUCGCAAGGACAGCAAAAAGCUGCCCAUCGGCGAUCCCGACAUCGACUGGGAGGAGACUGUCUACCUGAAUUUGGUCGUCCAUCAGUUUGAUUACACCCUCACCCUUGCCAUUUGCACGAGGACCAGCCCCAAGGAAUUGCAGGUGUUGAGAAGACACUCCCAGAAAGUGUACGCCAGUCCGAGUCACCGGCGAAUGGACGCCAAGGGCGACCUCGAGGAGAUGACGUACCCGCACAUCUGCUUCAUGGUCGACAAUUUCGACGAGGUUUUCUGUGAUAUCCUAGUCAGGGACGGGGAGAUGGUGUGCGUCGAGCUCGUGGCCUCCGACAGGCAGGGCGCGGUGCAGGGCGUCAUCUUCCUCGGCUCCAUCAGAUACGACGCGCUUAAAAAGGUCUACGACGCCAGGCAGUCGAGCUUGAGCACGAAAAUGGCACAGAGGAUGACCUUUGGCCUGUUCUCGGGGGCAACCACGCAGAGAGUUGAGUUCGUGAGAAUGAAAGGCCCGAAAGGCAAAGGUCACGCGGAAAUGGCAGUGACGAAGCCCAAAGGCUCGGGGGCGGAGACCCCGACCUCGGAGCCGGGCUACUGCCUGACGGACGCCCUCGGGGACGCCGACUGGGACGACGCCGAGGAGCUUUUCCUGUACCGGCACCAGCGCCGAUUGUCGGACCCGAGCUCGAACCUCAACAAUUUCGUUCGCGGGGGAUGGCGCACCAAGCCCGAGAGCGCGGCCGCCAAGGCCAGGUCGGAAAACGAGGGGCUGGACUCCAUCGCCAAUGGGCUUAGCGAGAUCGAGGCCGGGGAUCUCAAAGAUGGCGAGAAGAUGAGCAAAGAGCCCGAGGAGGAGGGUCGGGGUGGUGGGCAUUGGCCGUCAGCCGGUACGCCCAGGCGAGUAACCGGAACACGCUCGGCUCAAUCGUCGCCAGCCGCCGUACGCAGAAACUGCGCUAGACCGCAUCAUAAUCGCCCUGCUAGCUGUUACGCGUCGUCCAGGUCGCCCUUGUUGCUGUCCAAAAGGGAUCGAACCUGCAGCGAUGCGGCCCCGCCUUGCGGUCUGAAAAGCCAAAUCUCGAUGGAAAACGAAGAGGAAGAGCCACAGUCGCAUCAACCCAUCGAAGUGGGCAGCGAAAUGGGCACGUCACCAACGAACGACAAAAGGGUGCGCCAGAAACUCGGCACCGGGGCGAUCCUGGUCAACGGCAAGGAAGAGCUGCCUUGCUGCGACAACGAAAACCAGGAGCCGACAGCGGGCGAGGAAGCCCAGACUCGCAGCCAACGGCUCGCGGAGCGCCGAAGGGGCAGGUCGCGCAGCCUCAUCCACGAAAAAACGACCCACCUGAGCAGCAGUUUCGAGGACGCGACGCACCACCACCCGUUGAACGGCUGCAACGAGGACGACGAGACAGCCAAAGCCAAUGGUAACGACGUCGCGGAUACAACGAGCCCGUGUCCACCCGAGCGAAGCGCCACGUUGCCCAGGAGACGCAGGCGGCGAGCUUACUCGAGUUCCCUUGGGGCUCAGCCCCUUCCGCCCCAUCGCGUCACUCCGGACGGCACUGCUAUCUACUACUGGUGCGACAGGGAACUCGACGACGGUGCUUACAAUCCCCUGUGGACGAUGCGAGGGUUCACCCAGACUUUCCACUUUUGGAAGGAGACCAAGAGAGCCCAGUCCACGCCCCUAAACGCCUUUCUCACGUACAUCCGGUUGCCCUGGUGGAGCAUUGCCAAAGACAUACUCGAUCACCGAGAAGGUCCGAUCUUGACAUUUUAACCGGUGCUGCGUACCUCGUCGUCAAUGCGAAGACAAUUCCGUUACCAAAACGUCAUCGCGUCUCGCAGAGGCUGGCAUAACUUUUCAACGUGUACAAAUGAAUUUACUAACAAUAAAACUGAUUCAACGUCCCACUGUCUAGUGUAUUUUUUUCAUUUUUGAGAUGAUAAAUGAUAUAUGAUAACAAUAAAAUAACAAAUAUAUAUAUAUAUGUGA